AAAACAAAUAAUUUCCCUUAUAAAAAAAGAAGAAAGGAAUUUCCGAAUUAGAGUUUGGUCACAGUAUUGGCGUAUCAAACAUGAAAAAGAACAUAUAAAUCCCUUGGUGAGGUCGUCGGAGAAUCCAUCGCCGACGUCAAAAUGACCGGAAAACGGGAGUGGGAAAACGCCACCGCCGGCGCCAUCGCUGGUUUCGCCACCGUCGCAGUCAUGCAUCCUCUCGACGUUGUCCGCACUCGCUUCCAAGUGAAUGAUGGACGAAUCGCGAACCUUCCAACUUACAAGAACACUCCUCAAGCUCUCUUCACCAUCGCUCGUUCUGAGGGUUUGAGAGGGCUUUAUGCAGGAUUCUCUCCGGCUGUUCUUGGAUCAUCCGUUUCUUGGGGACUGUUUUUCUUCUUCUACAGCAGAGCCAAGAAAAGGUAUUCUCAUGACACGGAGGAGAAGUUGAGCCCUAGAUUCCAUCUGGCGGCAGCUGCAGAGGCUGGAGCUCUGGUUUCUUUUUGCACAAAUCCUGUUUGGCUCAUUAAAACAAGAUUACAGCUUCAGAAUCCUCUUCACCAAACUCGUCAAUAUGCUGGUGUUUAUGAUGCUUUUAGAACCAUACUGAAAGAGGAAGGCUGGACUGCAUUCUAUAGAGGAAUUUGGCCAAGUCUAUUCCUGCAGGUCUCUCACGGGUCUAUACAGUUUGCAGCAUACGAGGAACUGCGUACUCUUAUUGUUGACUUCAAGUCUGAAAGGACCAAAAGUAAAGGUGCUGAAGUUUUGAAUUCACUAGACUAUACCAUUCUGGGAGCUUCUUCUAAAGUUGCCGCCAUUCUCUUUACAUAUCCUUUUCAGGUCAUCCGAUCAAGAUUACAGCAAAGGCCGAACACUGAUGGAGUUCCAAGAUAUGCAGAUAGCUUUCAUGUGGUGAAAGAAACUGCACGGUUUGAAGGUCUUCGUGGUUUUUACAAAGGUCCAUAGCGCGGUAGUAGUUGAAAGGGCCGGUGAAACCAGACUCCUGAAACUUGUCUGCAUAAACCUGAAGUUCUUCUUCAGUGAUCCAUGGUGGUAACAUUGACGGGGUCGGUAGAUAGUCUAUCAUCUCCAUUCCCUCAGGUGCUACCAAAUUGUCUAUUCUCCCUACUAGCAGGUAUUUCUUCAUCACUGUCAGAUAGUCAUACCUUGCAAAUGCUGUCUCGGCUCUUCCUGGCUCCUACAUAUACCAACAGCUAAUAAGUGUCAACUUUUUGCUGCUCAAGGGAGAGAGUGAAACAAGAGAGAGAGGGGUUACCUGGAAUUGACAGGCAUAAAAGUCUUCUCCAAAAGAUCGUCGGAAAGAGUCAGUAGGCUUGGUGUUGGGAUCUCUGGGGAAGUAGGGAACAGAUAGACAUACCACUCCUUUCACUCUAUCAGGCCUGAAGAGGCUCAAGUGCCAUGCUGCCGCAGCUCCCCAGUCAAUUCCCACAACAAAAGCCUUCUCCAACCAAGUUUCAGAUAUAAUUAGUUAACCUUUCAUUGAACUACUUAAAGCAAAUAAAGAGGGAUCUUAUAUGUAUAUGCAGUUAUUACCGUUGGUUCACCAAAGUAGUCCAAGAGGCCAAGAAGGUCAGCAACAAUAUGUAGCAUGGUGUAAGAGGAGGGGCUGAUGGGCGAGUCUGAGUCGCCAUAGCCUCGUAAAUCAGGGGCGACAACGUGAUAACCAUGGUUAGCAAGAAACGGAAUCUGAUGGCGCCAAGAGUACCAUAUUUCUGGAAACCCAUGCAGCAGAAGUACAAGGGGUCCUCCUGUGCCUUGUUGCUCUGCUAUGUGUAUCUUAACACCGUUUGUUUUCACCCAUUUGUGCUGGAUUUCUCCUUCCAUUUCUUUGCUCUGGUCUCUGGAUCUGAUCUCGUUGGUUGUUUCUCUCUUUUGGGAUGGGUGCAGACUGCCGACUCCGGAGCGAGUUUUUCAAUGGCUGCCCAGCUAUCUGUUAGCCAGUAUUUUAAUUGUCCUCCUUAACUGCAUGAAUUUAAUAAUGAAACUUGGCGUUCAUUAUCUAAUCUACGUACGCAUGGUUGGUAAGUUUAAGGAAAUUAAAGGAUCAAAGUCAAGGAAACUUUGCAGGGAGCUGUCAUCAAUAUAUUUUAUUAAGUACA